UCAUACACCGAUGGGCGCGUGGUGGCGACAGUAUUCCCUUGUUGCGCUUAUAGUUCGUUUUUUAUCUGUAUUUGUCACUGAAGUUACACGCACUUCAAAACGAAAGGUUAUUCUGAUUGAGAGAUCGUUCUGUAUGGAUAUAUCGUAGAUUGACUUUGAUCGGGCAUAAUACAGUGAUCACGUAAAAUAAAAAAUAGAAAAGAGUGACCUUAACAAAACUUAAAAAACAUGGUUCUAGAUGAUUAUAAAGAUAUUGUUGGUACAUGCGCUGCAAUUACAACAAUAGGACAUAUGUUAUCAGGAACUGUAAUAUGCAAGGACAUUCACAAAAAAAAAUCCUCAGAAAGCUUCGAUCCUAUGCCCUUUUUGGGUGGUGUAGGAAUGUCUAUAUUAAUGCUUCGCUAUGCCUGGAUGCUUGGUGACCCUACUAUGAUUAAAGUUAAUGUUUUUGGAUUAAUAGCAAAUACUGUAUAUAUGGCUGUGUAUUGCUAUUAUUCUCCAAAUAUGAAAGAUACGCUUGCUUUAAUAAGUAAAGCAGUGAUUUUUAUAGCAGUAUUUCUCGCGUAUACUCAAGUGGAGCAUCCUGACAAAGUUGAAUACAGAUAUGGUAUAAUUACAACUGUAUUACUUCUAUUUUUAAUAGCAUCUCCUCUUAUACAUCUUAGAAAAAUUAUAGAGACAAAAGAUACAUCAAUUCUUCCAUUUCCACUUAUUGUUAUGGGCACAGCAGUAUCAUUUCAAUGGUUGUUAUAUGGACUUAUUAUAAAUAAUGUUUUUGUGAUUUUUCAGAACUCAGUUGGUUUUGUUCUGUCAGUGGCUCAGUUGUCAUUAUUUAUUAUUUUCCCUUCAAAGUCUUCGAAAACUCCAGUGCCAACUCUAGAGAAAAAAAAGGAUUGAUAGCAUUAUCACAAUAGUUUUUAAAAUUACAUAACACAUGUGUUACGUUAUGUACAAAAAUAGAAAUACUAAUGUUUAAAUGUAACAAAAGUAUAAGGAAAAUUACAAUAAAAUAUUACAUACGAAA